CAAGAAAUAGCCAAAUAGGCAUUCAAAUUGGUAAGAUGAAUUCGUUAUAUGGCAAUGAAAUGUUUAACUAAAAGAAGCAGAAAUUGCAUCAUAAAUACAAAGCAGAGGAAUAUGCUCCACAAAAAUGUCAAAAUUGUGUGUUAUGGUGAACGAAUGUGUUAUAAGCAUGCAUGCAUACAUACAGCUACACAUAAAUCGAUCUAGUAUCUUAUUCAUGUAGGAGAUGUUGAAGCAGCUCUCCUCCCUUCAACCGAUGCUUUUAGCAUGUACUCCAACAUGACAGCAUGUACAGUAAUACAAUGCCGUAUAAUAAACUGAACUUACAUAACCAAGAAAGUAAGUUCUAAACCAAAGUGCUGCAAGUUUUAUAAGGUUACAGAGAAAAUAAUCUCAAGUAUGACAACAGAGGAACAGAGAGAGUUAUUUGAAAUAAAACAAAAUUCAAAAAGAAAGCAAGAAAGAUAAGAUGUACAUAGAAAGGUUGCUAUUAUACCUUUGUGAGUCAAGUGGCAACCUGAUACUAUAAAUGGAUAUUUUUUUACCUUGGAUGUCAAUCUAGUACAGGAAUCUCAGAGAGAACAUAGUGAAAAUUCUGCCUGAUCACUAUGGAGAGUUCAUCCUACAAUGUAUGACAUGGACCUGAACCUGAUUCCCCACUUCUUCAUCACUUUGAGCCAUAUAUGCUACUCAACAACAGGAAAAUGUGACAUGUUUUCAUUACAAAAUGGAAGUUCUAUAGUGGUCCUUGAGAAAAAGAAGACAUCCUUAUUUUGUGCAUAUAGUGCUUAAGGUUCACAUUGUUCACGCUCUGAAAUUGAAGCUUGUCACAUGCUGCAUCCGGUAAGAUAGCAACAUAACACUUCCAUUAAAGAUGAUUAUUUCAUCAUCUAAUGUAAGACCCUCCAGAUUUACGGGGUCAUGGAGGAGGAAUAUGGAAUCACUAAAAGUUUGCCACCAUGUGAGGGUUAAGAUUGCAUCUUUUGACAUCUGAUCUAAGUAUGAGAGGUUCAUUACUUCUUUAACAAUUAAAAGUAGUUUUUAAUAAAACAACCUCUCUUCAAACCUAUAGUAAAACGAAUAAAGCAAUAUUUCUGUACAAUAAACUUGUACAAGACCAACCAAGCGAUCAUGUCUCUUGGAGGCCUUAAGACACCAUGCAUCUAGGGUGUGUGUAUGUGUGUAUACAUACAUACUCCAUGAAGGUAAUAUUAGCAUACUGCACCAUAAUGAUGACACUAACAUUACUGGGAAGAAUAGUGUUUUAUGUAUUAAAACAUAUCAUAUUUGGAGAAAGUAAAACGUCAGAAAAGCAUUAUGUUGAUGUAAAUCUCAUUCAUCUUUACAUGGUCUAAAUACAUUCUUAGAUUCUAAAAGUACCUGUCCCUUGUUUCAUUGACAUCCAAGGUAGCCCUGCCACCUUUCACCACUAUAAAACCAUGCCAAAUUCUUUAUAAGCACUGACAACUCUGCCUCUGUCCACUACCUCUCUCCCUGCUUUCUAGCAUCACUUUUUUUAUCUGUGCGUGAGUUUAUAUGUAUGCAUGAAGACAUCAAUGUCUUCUAUCAAAUCCUGUCUUUGCAUCAGAUACAAGCAAAUGAUGCCAGAGCAAACUCAAAUCAAUCCGAUACUUCCCAUGGUUAUGGAGGAAAUGAAGAUGAUGACAACAAUAGGCUUUCCUCUAUUCACCAUGGGAUUGGUGGGUUAUCUCAAAAAUAUGAUUGCAGUUAUAUGCAUGGGAAGGCUGGGGAGCCUUGAGCUAGCAGGUGGUGCACUAGCAAUAGGGUUCACAAACAUUACUGGCUACUCGGUUCUAUCAGGUCUUGCUAUGGGGAUGGAACCCCUUUGCAGCCAAGCUUUUGGUUCAAGGAACUUACACAUGGUUACUUUAACACUACAAAGAACAAUCCUCAUGUUAUUGUUCGCGUCGCUACCCAUUGGGAUGCUAUGGGUUAACCUUGAGCCACUCAUGCUUAAGCUACGCCAGGACCCAGAGAUUUCACACAUUGCUAGUCUGUAUUGUCGAUAUGCUGCCCCGGAUCUUAUUGUUAACAGCCUCCUAAAUCCUUUGCGUAUCUUCUUACGAAGCAAAGGAUCAACAUGGCCACUGAUGUGGUGUACUUUACUUGCAACAGUUUUACACUUUCCCAUCACCAACACCUUGGCCUUCACCCUUCACCUUGGGGUUCAAGGGGUUGCACUCUCCACCUUCAUCACCAACUUGAGUACAUCAGUUUUCCUUCUAGGCUACAUGUUUUUCGCCCAUGCCUCCAAGGAGGCUUUGUCUGAACCAACCAUACGAGAGUCAAGAUCUAUAGCUAUAGAAGGUUCACUAGGGGAGGGGUGGGGUAUGCUAAUUCGACUCGCUAUAUCAAGCUGUUUAGCUGUUUGUUUAGAAUGGUGGUGGUAUGAGUUCAUGACACUUGUGGCUGGGUAUCUUCAUAAACCUCACAUUGCGCUAGCUGCAUCUGCUAUAGUUAUCCAGACAACAUCUCUUAUGUACACAUUGCCGUCAGCACUUAGCAUGUCGAUAUCAACCAGAGUAGGCAAUGAGCUUGGAUCAGGCCAACCAGGUAAGGCCCAUCUGGCAACAUUAGUGGCCAUAGGACUGGCACUCCUAACUUCAGUGUUUGGCUUGUUGGGGAUUACCUUGUGGAGAGAAGCAUGGGGGAAAGUCUUCACAAAUGACAGCGAAGUUUUACAGCUAACAAUGGCUGCUCUACCCAUAAUUGGAGUAUGUGAAUUAGCUAAUUGCCCACAAACCACAUGCUCUGGGGUCCUUCGUGGAAGUGCAAGACCAUCCACUGGAGCAAGAAUUAACUUCUGCUCGUUCUACUUGGUGGGUACACCAGUAGCCAUAAUUUUAGCUUUUGUGUGGAAGCUAGAAUUUUUGGGGAUCUGUUAUGGGCUUUUAGCAGCUCAGAUGACAUGUGUACUCUCAAUCUUGACUGUGAUAUACAGGACAGAUUGGGAGCGAGAAUCAUCAAAUGCAAGACAGUUGGUGGGAGGAAGAAGUGAAUGCACAUAUGAAGGUCAAACUAUGGAAUGCGAUCAAGGAGUUGGGUUUAUUUAAAAAGGCAGAUCUUGAGCAGUUAACACACAUUUAUGUACAAAGAAUCUGGUAUUGGUAACCCAAAAAAUGAUAUCAUC